UGCAGUUGUAGAUGAUCGUUGAAUGCAAGCAGUUCGAAACUGUGUUGGGCUUAAUUGUUUCUUGCUCUUUUCUUUUUAAAGAAAAUGUUCACAUCGAAUUCUAUGAGGUGAAAAUCUAUAAUAAUUAAUAUUUAAGAAAAGUGCAAUAAUCUGUGUUCAGUAUGCCUUUCAAGGUUGGAUUCUCAAAGAGAGAUUUAUACUCAUAAAAACGCAACAAUCUAAAAACUUAAUCUAUUGUGACUUGUGUGGUUCACUUCAUAUGUGCUGUUAAAUGUUUAUCUUUUACUAUAAAAUUGCUUCUUCAUAACAUAUCUGAAUUCUAAAAGUGCUGAGUGUUGUCUUUUACUUCCUUCAGAUUUUUUUUUGUCCCCAGUAAAUAAAAUGCAAAGUGCAGUUUACCGCAAUCAAAAUGUUUGUUCAUCUAAAAAGUGCAAUGUAUCUAUGUGUGUAUAAUUUUUUUUUCUUCUGAAUAACUACGGAAAAAAAGAUGGAUGUGCGUAUAUAACAUCGUAUCUAACCAAGAGUUCAACUAACUGGAACGAAGAAAAAGCUGAAAAAAACAUACAUAAAGGUUCGGUGUUCUCUUGAGCAUCAAUUUAUGAGCAACAGGAAUCCGUACUAACUUUGCCGCUAACUUUAUAUCUUUUACAAUGAGAUAAGGUAAUGCAAUGGGGAAUUCAGGAAGCAUCCAUAAUGUAGCAAUAGGAUUAGAUGAAAUUCAGUAUCCACACCAUUACCAUCAGCAACUACAUCUGAAUCAACAGGAUGGCCAACAUGACCCACCGUCACCACAUCAUCAACAAAAUGUUCAGCAUUACCAAUAUCCAUUACAUUGGACUGCAUCAUAUUCUUCAAAUGGGAGCAGUAGUGGACCACAAUCACAACCACAUAUCAAAGUGCUCCCGCCGGAACCAAUAAAGCUAUCUAAUUUACGCCCGACUACAAAUGGGAAUAUCUUGCACUCCGGUGGAACCCUAAGUGGUCGACGGGAUUCUUUUAAUCCUACUCUACUCCUCCAGCGCUCUCGUACAACGCUUAACGAAUCACCAAGAUAUGUUCAACGACCUGCAGCCCGGUCAAACAGGGAACGAAUUCCAGCUAGUCGCUCAAUUAAACCACCCGUGGUACAAUCAAGCAAGCAUAGUGGUAUUCCCGGAAAUCAUUCUAGUACAAAUGCAGUCCAGAGUUCAACAACUAAACGAUUUGGUUCGGAGCCAGAUCUUCGAGUGAAUCUAGAUGCAGAGAACGAGAGGAAUAGUCUAGGAGUCAAUAAUAGUACGAGCGCAUAUCUUCCGCCACAAUCAAAAUCGAAAAUUGUCAAGACCAAAAAGAAAAUGGCUCCGCAUGCGCCAAACAAUAAUGACGUAAAUAUACCAGCCCCAGACCCAAAUGGCAGUCAACCUCAGCGAAAACUAAGGCUUUUCAAAACCAAGGCGGAAUCGCGCAAGACUGCUGCAGAACGGACGACGCCUAACAGCUCUAUGGUAGUACCAGAAGCGCCCGACUGCCAGUUGCGAAGGUUCGGUUCACCUGAGAGAAUAUCAUCUUCCUCAAGACAAUAUCUGCCUGGGAGAACUGACCAAGGAUCCAAAAAGCAGCCUGACAACAAAGCUAAAUACAUCGUACCACCUGUAUUCCGACGUGAAAAGUCCUUCGAUAUCACACUAUUGCGGAAUAGAAACAACGAAAAUAAACAAUCAGAAAAUACAAUUAAAGCCUCACCUCCAGUACUUCCAGAUAAAUCGCCCGUGUUUCGUCAACGAUCCAUUGAUAAUUCGGAUGCUAUGAAAAACGCUCGUAUGUCAACGUUCGAUCCAAAGUUGAGUAGGUUACGGAAAUAUUCACAACCCAGUGCCGUAUUACCGGGCGGACAGGAUUUUAAAGCGAAGCUUGAGGCGAUUACAAAACGACAAUCAUUGUCAAGCAUUGACAAAAUUGACGGUGAUGAAGCGAAAAUGUCUAGCUCACAAAAGCCACGAAACAAGCCAGUACAAUCAAAAGCUCGUGCUUUGCCCAAGGUAGCACCCCAACUGCACGAAAAAGAACCGGCAUCUUUUAAAAAUGUUGAGGUUUCCGCACAUCUAAAUGAACAAACAUCCAAUGCUGUGCCCUCGAAAAUUCCCCAGCUUACCAAAUCCUUCUAUUUUGGAAUGGAGAAGCGUCAAAAUGAUGAAUAUUUGACUGAUAUGGCUAACCAAGCUACUGAAAAUGAAAGUUUUGCGAAAAUUCAAAUGGAAGUCAUUGAUCAAUUUGCAAAGAGUAUCUUUUCGACACCGAAAUACCAAUGUGCAGAGUCUGAAUCAUCUGAAUCGGCUCUGUCAUCAGAGGAAGGUUGCCAUAUAAUCCAUGGAGCUGGCAUAGACAACCUAUCAUACGAUGAUGAGAAUAAUUUAACUCAAAUCCAGGCCCAUAUACGACCAACCUUGCCACGGAGACAAUUAGAAAUACCACGUUUUAGCCCUGCGGCUGCGUGGCGAACACUGAAUGAAGAUCGGCCUUUUUUCGCAACUCAGAGCACGAAUCCAGGAUUACCAGUAGAUCCCGUGCAACCUGCACAGUCCACUCAACCUCUUGAAGAACGUAUUCAACGUAAUUACCGUGAACCAAAUCCAAUCUAUCCAGAUAAUAAAAGUGGUGAUAGUGGUAUAUCAGGUGAUGCAGGCUUGCCUGAACGCGUAGAUAGUCCGAGAAAUCAAAGAUUGGUUUCGGCAAAAGUUGGACCAUUUUUGACAGCUUGGACUCCACAACAAGAUUUAGAUGAGGAUGAAGAGGAAGAUAAUACAAGUUCGGACGGCGAAACCAAACUGAGAGAAGUAGGACCAGCAAAUAAAUAUCCUAGUCGUGGCCAUACGUUUAGUUUAUCUUUACCCCGUGAAAAUCAGCUGUCGUUAUAUGAGGAAAAGGAAAAACCCGGUUUCAGUAGCCUACAAAAGCUUAAACGAACUGUUUCUGGAGUUUUCUCUAGCCCAUCGAACAAUAGCAACAACAACAGCGACAAUCGGUUGAAUACGAACUACCGGAACGAUAAUUGGUUACUUAGUCGAUCAGCCCCAAAUUCUAUAGAUAAUCCUGAAAUAGUUGCAUCUAAUCGAACCAACCAAUUCAAUUCUGGUAGCGGCCAAGAAACUACAAAGCAUCCAUCGUCAGCCCUUAGCUAUCUUACAACCGGUAAACAUGUGAUGUACCUACCCAACCAGCCAAUUGAGGAGCCUGAGACUGAUUUCACGAAUAGAAAUGCUAUUGCGGCUGUAUCUCCUGCUGCAUUAUGCCUGAAUACCUCAACAAGUUCGCCGUUGAAAGAUGAUGUCGAAAAUGAUUGGGUGAAUGCGUCGGAGGAGAGACAAUUAAAAGAAAAUUCAAACAAUGCAGGACGUCAUUUUGAGAAUUUGACAACCGCGGAUAGUCCAACUAUAGAUUCCGCGAAAGUGACCAACAACCGGAAAAGUCGUAAUAGUCAUCGUUUCACAUUCCAAAGUACGGUUCGGCAAAUUGAAAGGCGUCGAAUUGCUGAUAAAUUAUCCAAAGAGGCAGAACAAAAAGAAGCUCAGCGAAUAAGCGAACUAGAGGCGAUGCGAAGAGUUGAGGAGGAAUUUCAGCGUAAAAGGGCCGGUGAAAAGGCUUCAAUACGUCACCAACUUCACUUAUUCUCGCUGGAAGAGAGUCAGUGUGUAAGUUUACCAGUCGAUUGGCAAAAUCAUACAAACAACAAUAGCUACAGUAGCAGUUCACCAGAACAAACAACCCCGCACUCCCAUCAUUCGAAUCACACUCAGCAACAACGUGCCGAACCUGAUGGGGCGGUUUCCUCAAGUCCUGCAUCAAGUCCAAUCUUGCGUUCUUAUUCGAAAGCCAGGAUCAACCCGGCAACAACUAGUUAUGGAGUAGAUACAAGCAAUCCAACCGGUGCUAAGAUGGGAUCAUCACAAUAUACUCGUAAGGACGAUGCAUCCAAAUUUCAUAAAGUAAAUGCAAGAAUGCGACAGCAACAACAAACCGAAAUCCUAUCGGAGUUUCGAAUGCCACGGCGUGAAUAUUUCGAGUAUCGCUCACCUUCCACGAAUUUUCGAAAAACUGGUCACCAACAGCAGCAACAAACAGAGCAUCAUGAAGUAGUAUGUAAGGUACCGAUGUCGGCCAGUCAACAGCAGGGGAAUGACCAAUACUUCUAUAAUGACGAUCAGAAUGGAAACAUUGACCAGCAUCCACGUCACUAUCUUACCCCUAAUUCACCAUAUAGCGCACAGAAGAAACCAUUUCGAUCGCAAUCGCCACCUCUAUAGGAUGUGUUAUUAAUAAAAGGACAGAUUUCCAUAGGACGAAUAGAAAAUGCCCAUCCGGUAAUUUAACGAACCAAGCAGGAGCCCAUGAAACGUACUCAAAAACUAAGCUUGAGUUGAAUAAACAGAAACAAUAUAAAUGAACCAAAGUCAAAUAAAAGGAUACAUGAAUACCUGGAAAUGUUUAUCUAUUCAGCAUUAGGAAUGUAACAUAAAUAUUGUUCAAUUAUACUCUCUAUUUCUUUGCUUAUACGAAAACAAAUAUUUAUUGGAUUGUGCAAUAGUGUCAGAAAAAAGAGAAAGUGUUUUAUAAUGAUAUAAUAGAACACAAUACAAUGAAAAGAAAGAAUUGUUAAUUGUUGAUGUCAUAUUUAAAUAAGAUGUUUGUUAUUGAAAGAAUUUGUUUGUCUAAAGAUUAUUGUUGACUAUGAGAAUAUAUAAUAAAUUAAUAAAACAAUGCCUGAA